AUGUUUUAUGGUUCAGUUACUACUAGAAAAUUAGAAUUUUAUUAGGCCUAACUUCUUGCAUCGUCAUACAUGCUUAAAUAUUAAACCAUUAUUUUAUUUAAGUAUUAAAAAAAAUAUGUAAAAUCCAUUAAAUCAAGAAGUAAGAAUUUUAAAUAAGUCUAAUAGCAAUUUAUAUUAAUAGAAAAAAUUAAUGGAGAAUUAUGUAUUGGAACUCAAUAACCAGUUAUUCCUAAUGUAAUCCUGUCAUUAUAGUAGAGAUUAUAGUUACUUGUUAUUAAUGUUAAAAAAAAAAUUAAUGUUCUGCUAGAGCUUAAUUCAUGAAAUGUGGGUCUUGUUCUUAAGUAAAUAAAGUUUUUGAUCCAGAUCCAUUAGUAAUUUAUCGAUUAGUAUUUUUUUAGUUUUACAUCGAUGUUUAUUGUUAGAAUUGCUCUAAAAGAAUUAAAAUACCAAAAAAUGGAAGUGUUUAUAAAUGUCCAUUCUGUUUUACUCUAAAUAAAAAAAUGAAUAGAUGA